CAUUAAAAUCCCUUUCCGACACGAACAUGCUUUCCACUAUUUCAGUUCCUGCUUUCAUCUAAACUCUCAAACCCCUUCUCUCCUCUAUUUUCUUCCUCUUUCGAAAAAAAAAAUCUCUCCUUCUAUCAUCCGAAACAACAACGAAGAAAAAGAACUCACUUUUCUCUUCGAUUCAUCAUCACACAACUACACUAAAUGGCGCCGGCGACGGAGUUUCAAGGCUCAUUCCUCAGCCGAAUCAGCAUCCGCCGCAACCAGAUCAUCUCCAUGGACGUCAACCACGAGCAAGAGCUCGAGGAACUCGACUACCUUCAAAAACACGUAUCCGACCGUUUCUCGGAGCUAAUCUCGCCUCCUCCCGACACCACCGAGGCCCCCUCCUCUCAGCCGUCCGAUCCGAUUCUCUCGAUCCCGUGGCUACAGAACCUCCUCGACGUUUUCGUGUCGUGCGAGACGGAGUUCAAAGGCGUCCUCCUCUCCACGGUUCAGAUCUCGAGGUCGCCGUCUUUGGAGAGGGUUUUGACUGAAAUGCUUGAUCGGAUUCUAAAGGCGCUUGAUUUAUGUAACGCCGUCGUUAACGGUGUUGAUUCCGUUAGACAGAGCCGGCGUCUUGCGGAGAUAGCCGUAACGGCGCUUAAACAACGGCCGUUAUGUGACGGAAGCGUUCGUAGAGCGAAGCGUGCGUUAGCAAGCCUUAUCGUUGGGUUAAACGGCGACGUGAAAGAUAGGAGCAAUGGCAGUAGUAGUAGUAGUAACAAAAGGACAACGUCGAGGUCGUGGUCGUUUGGACAGCGCAGCAACGUCACCGUAGUAGGGGGUGGAGGAUCGUCUGGCCACGUCAGCAAGAACUGGUCGGCGACGAAGCAGAUUCAAGGGAUGGUUGCUAAUCUCGUGCUGCCACGUGGAGCCGAAGCUACGGGAGCGGCGAUGCAGGUUUAUAUAAUGAGCAGUGUUAUGGCUCUUGUGAUGUGGGUGCUAGUCGCUGCGGUUCCUUGCCAGACAAGCAACGUUCUUGUGGCGCCGUUGCAGCUUCCGAAACACCAGAGCUGGGCUAGCGCAGCGGUGAACAUUCAGGAGAAGGUUGGUGAAGAGAUGAAACGGAAGGAGAAGCGUUUUGGCUGUGGUGGUGGUGGUUGUGGGGGGUUGAUGGAGGAGAUGCAGAGGAUGGAGAAGAUAGGGUUGUCUUUGUUGGAAUUCACGGAGAGGUUUAGGUUUCCGGCGGAGGAAGCGGAGGCGGAAGAAGUUGCGGAGAAGGUGGAUGAGAUGGAUGAGAUUUGCAGGGGAAUGGAAGUUGGAUUGGAGGAUUUGCAGAGACAAGUGAGAGCAGUGUUCCAUAGAUUGGUGAGAAGCAGGCUAGAGAUUGUUUCAGUGCUUGAACAAACUCAUGCAAUCUAGUUUUUAGUCUUUUAAAAAAAACACUAAUCUAUGAAAAAUAUUGAUGUGUAUAAUCUACAAUUAGUAUUACAUACACACCAUACGUUUGAUU